AUGGCGGUCGCCGACGGCGUGCGCUCCUGCCUUGGGCGGAGCAUGAGCUGUGUCUGGCAGAGUAUGUCAUCCGCGCCGCCCGGUCCGUUUCCCCUGUCCGCCAUGCUCGCGGUGGGCAUCGCCAUCGCCGGAGUCGCCGUUGCCAGCGUUGCCGUGGACGACGCAAAUGAGCUCCUGGGCAAGGGCAACAUGGUGAGCGUCAUCGCCAUCGUGUCGAUGGCGGUCGUGAUGGUCACCCCGUUGCUCGUUGCUGUCUACGGCCUCUACUGCCGCUGCAUCUUCCUCCGCGACCUGCCCACCGAGGACGAGAAGCAAGAGGCGCGCGAGUCGCGUGGCCGGCUCGGCCGCGUCCUCUCGUGCACUCGCGGCUGCGCGUACAGCAUCGCCGUCUUCCUCCUCCACCUGCUGACGAUCGCCUCGCUCGCUAUCAGCGUAGCGCUCGUGCUCAUCAUGGGCACCGGCUUCAUCGUCUCGCUCGCGGGCGAUGAAGGCUGCUCGCAGGCGAAGCAGAAACCACAACCUGCGCCUGUGGAGCCGGUGCUGGAGACGCUGAAGGACUGCAACUUCACCAAGGAAUGCAACUUCACCGUCGCGGACGUCUGCGACACGCUCUACGACAACAACGUGACGGAUAUAACGGAGAACUGCAACGUCGUGGCCGGCGGACUCAAGGUCGCGGACGAAAUCCUCGGUACCUGGCCUUUCAACGUCAAGCGCGAGAUCUGCGUGCCGCUCUUCAACGGAAACGACACCGAGAUCCAGAGCUGGCUCGUCGCCAACGACGAACACGUCAACAUGACGGUCCAAGAGUACAAGACGUCCGUCGUCACUUCGGUCAUCGACGUGGCACAGAUGUCCGAUGUCUUGGUGAAAGUCGCCGACGACGUGGCGAUCCUCCUCCAGACCCUCAGGAUCAUCAAGACCAUCUCGAAGGUCGGAGAGCCAACAUGCAUCGACAUUCGCGACCUCUCUGGCCCGUUUGUCCUGCUGAUGGCGGCGGCGGCAAUCCUCAUACUCGCCGGCUCGAUCGCACGCACCGUGAUGGUGCGGUAUGACCGCUUCAUCUCGUUUUGGACACGAAACACGACGGGCUGCGCUCCCUUCGACUCGCUGAUCGGCCUCUCGAUCCUCGCGGACGAGAGGCAGGAAGAGAACAACCAGCGCUGGCUGGCCCGCUACCCGGAGGCCCGCGACCUCGCCUUCGACCUCGUGCCCGUCACCUUCGCCUUCUCCAUCCUCGUCGGCGCCUGCGUGGCGGUGGCCGUCUGCAUCACGCUGUACGGCGGAGGCACGCGCAAGCUGCUCAAGCAGGACCAGCCCUUCUGCCCGAGGUGCACCAAGCAGGGCGGCCGCUGCGGCCAGUGCUGCUCGCUGACGACGGCGCGCGAGGCGGUGGCCCGGUCGCUCCAAAUAGGCCUCUGCCUCGCCAUCAUCGUCAUGAUCAUAUCGUCGCUCGCCCUCGCCCUCGCCUUCGGCGGCAGCCUCACCGGCGGCGCCGCGAUGACGGGCAGCGACGUCUUUCUGAACGUACUCGUGCCACCGCCGCUCAAAGAGUUUUACAACAAGGCUGCGAACGGCACCCUGACCAGCGCCGAGGUUUGCAACGCGUACGACACCAUCGUCGAGGGCGGGAGCGAUGCGGACGGUAUGAAGGGGUGCGCGACCACCACCUUCGUCAUCUCGAUGGUCCAGUACAUGGCGGAUCAGCCGCCGCUUGAUACGGGGCUGGACACGCAUAACUACACGCUCGACUGCAAGGCCGUGAAGAAGAUGCUCGACCAGGCCGACGUCGUGUGCACCAACCUGACGGCAGCCGCCGCCGGCCUCGCCUCGGACGCGGUCAAGACUGCCGGCUCGGACACCCUCCUCGAGACGUUCUUGGACGUGUACGUCCAAGCGGUCAAGGUGGCGCAGAAAAUCAGGGACAUCGGCGAGCGCGUCAAGUUGCUCAGCAACGACAUCAAGACGCCGUUCUUGUACAUGCUCGGCGGUGCCGUCGCGAUGGUCGUCGGCAUCGCGCUGGCGUACAUGGCGUACUCGCGCUACCGGAUGCUCGAGAAGGUGUACGAGACCAAGGCGAAGCGGCGCUCCUCGAUGCGGGGAUCCUCUGUCAAACCACGCCCAUCGGACGGGUACGGCGGCGCCGGCGUCGCCUACUCUGGUUGCGACGGCAUGUACAACCACCACGGACCCGCCCAGGUGAUCUGA